AUGGCGGCGACGGCGGCGGCGGCCUCCGCGGAGUUGCUCCUGCUGCUGCUGGGCGCCGCGUCUCCGCCGCUUCCGAGUCCCGCACAAGAUGGCGGCGAGCCACGUCUCUCAGGCGGAAGCGGCGUCACUACGCAGGCGCAGUCGGCCCUAGUGUGGAGGGGGAAAAAUGCAGCCGGUUCUCGCGAGAAGACGCGGCUAGUGGAGAACCAGCCCUACGACGAGAGCCUGGACGUGAACGAGACGGAGGAGGUCGCCAGCAUCUACGCGCCCAGCCCGCCGCAGCCCGGCCCGCGCCCCGCGCGCCCGCCGUGCAGGGAUAGCAGCGACGAGGACGAGGAUGGAGGCGCGAAGAAGGGCGGCGGGGGGGGCGCCGCGCUGGGCUCCGGCCGGCGCUUUAGCGGCCACGAGGUGGAGGACGACGACGAGGACUCCUCGGAGACCGACUCGGACGACGACGACGACGACGAGGAUGACGAGCACGGCGCCCCGCUGGAGGGGGCUUACAACUCGGCCGACUACGACUACCUGCCCGUCUCCCUGGAGGUGAAGGAGCUGUUUCAGUACAUCCGGAGGUAUUCCUCCCAAAUGAUCGACCUGGAGCACAAGCUGAAGCCUUUCAUCCCGGACUUCAUUCCUGCCGUGGGAGACAUCGAUGCUUUCCUGAAGGUUCCACGCCCAGAUGGGAAGAUGGAUAAUUUGGGCUUGUUAGUGCUGGAUGAGCCAUCCACCAAACAGUCGGAUCCCACCGUACUUUCCUUGUGGCUCACCGAGAACUCCAAGCAGCAUAAUGUAGCUCAGCAGGUGAAAGUAAAGAGCCUUGAGAAUGCGGAGAAGAACCCCAAAGCCGUGGAGAGCUGGAUUGAGAGCAUCAGUGAACUCCACCGCUGCAAGCCUCCGGCCACUGUCCAUUAUGCUAGGCCGAUGCCCGAUAUAGAUACGCUGAUGCAAGAAUGGACUCCAGAGUUUGAAGAGUUGCUGGGAAAGGUGAGCCUCCCGACUGCUGAGGUUAACUGCAGCUUAGCUGAAUACACAGACAUCAUCUGUGCCAUUCUAGACAUUCCUGUCUACAAGGGUCACAUCCAGCCUCUGCACACCUUAUUCUCACUGUACUCCGAAUUCAAAAAUUCACAGCAUUUCAAGGCUCUGGCUGAGGGCAAGAAGGUUGUCAGCCCCCCCUCCAAUCCACCCUCACAGGCUGGAGAGAUAGAUAUUUUAAGUUUCACCUGAGAGCAGAGGUCACAGUUUCCUGCCUCCCGAUGUUUAAAUAAAGGUGCUGCUGACCUCAGGGUUAUUUAAGAGAGGUUUCCAGAACCCAUUCCCUUGGAAUUGUUGCUGGCCUGUCAUUCAGAUGAUAAUUCAGUGUGAUAUUUGUGUAAUAAAGUUUUGCUGUAAGUGUU